AUGGAAAAUUUCCUCUAUGUGACACUAUUACUUGUCCUAUUCUCAAACAUCUCAGUUUCAACAAAUGUAAACUUUCAUCUUUCUCUCAAUUACACAUCCAUUUUGCAAGCCAGAAAAAAUUUCAUGUCUCUUGAUACCUCUAAUCUUUCUUAUCAUUCACCAUAUUCUUACAGUCUUCCCAUUUACCAUCGCGAUGUAUUUGAAAAAUCAGACUUCAAGGAUUAUGACUCAUUACUCGAUGCUCGUCUUGCUCGAUGCAUGGAGAGAUCAGUGAAUUUAUUUUCAUAUGAUCAAAAUUCUACUAGUAGUAGACAUUUUGCACAAGUUAACCCUAUAAAAACAGUAAUCUAUCCUUUACAUGGUGAAGCUGUAGUCCCCCUUUGGAUUGGCUCUAAAUUACGACGUGAACUUUUACUUGUUGAUACUGGAAGUCGUCACGUUUGGUGGCAAUGUGGUCCAUGUGAACCAAAAAAAUGUUACAAACAAAGGAACGAUGAAUUAUAUUAUUCAACUGAAUCCACUACUUUUGAACAAAUUAAUUGUGUCAAAGAGAGUGCAAGUUGUGUCGAGGGACGUAGUAGAGUUCAUUGCUCUAAAGAAGAAACAAAAUGUUUUUAUGAAGUAAGAUAUGGAUAUCAUGGAAGUACAAUUACUUCUGGAUUUAUGGCUUAUGAAAUCAUAACAUUUUCUAAUAUACUAGAUUAUGCAAGAAUUAUAUUUGGUUGUGGAAAAAAUCAAUUUAAGGGGGAUACAAAAUUCCCAAGAUUAUUUAGUGGAAUUGCUGGUGUUGGUGGUGGUUUAUAUACAAAUGGAUUUGAGACAUAUUCAUUACCAUCACAAGUUGGUGCAAUUGUAUUUGCUUUUUGCAUUCCUACUCCAACCUCAGGGAAGUCCUCUACACUUACUUUUCACGAAACCCCAUGGAAAACAGGUCAGUAUUGUCUCGUUUUUUUUUUUAACUUAACACGUAGUUUAAGAAACUAA